GUGAAAGAUCAUUCCAGGUACAAAGAGGGUUUUUGCAUGAGAAGAUGAUAAACUUGUUGACUUCUGUAGCAAAAGGACAAGAAGAGAUGUUUGAAGUUUGAACAGUGGCAGCUCAAUCAUGGACGGGUGCGUACCUGUACAGAUGGUACAGAGUUGGGAGCAGCCAAAUUGCCUUUUGUGAACCCCUCCACUGAGCUGGGCGUGUUCGUUUGGAGAGAGAGAGAGAGAGAGAGAUGGUAUCUGGGACGGUUGAUUUGGUGAAGAAAGAGCUUCCUCUGGAGCAAGAAUCGGUGGUGUUGGGUGAAGAUGGCGUUAGGGCUGGUCUGGUGCUGGUGGACAUCAUCAAUGGUUUCUGCACCGUUGGAGCUGGACCCCUGGCGCCGAGAGAGCCCAAUAAACAAAUAACAGGAAUGGUGAAUGAAUCAGCAAGGAUAGCAAGGGUGUUCUGCCAGAAGAAAUGGCCCAUCAUGGCAUUCCUUGAUUCUCAUCAUCCUGACAAACCAGAGUACCCAUACCCUUCUCAUUGUAUUGCUGGCACUGAUGAAUCCAAUUUGGUUCCUGAUCUAAAAUGGCUGGAAAAAGAAGCAAAUGUAACAAUAAAGCGCAAGGAUUGCUAUGAUGGGUAUGUGGGUUCAACCGAGGCUGAUGGCUCAAACGCGUUUGUCGAAUGGGUGAAAACCAACCAGAUUCAGCUUCUGCUGGUUGUAGGAGUAUGCACAGAUAUAUGCGUGCUGGAUUUCGUGUGCUCGACAUUGUCGGCGAAAACCAGAGGAUUCCUCAGCCCCUUGGAGAAUGUAGUGGUGUACUCUGGCGCCUGUGCCACAUUUGAUAUUCCUCCUCACAUAGCCACAAACACCAAACAUGCCAUGCCUCAUCCCCAGGAGCUUAUGCAUCACAUAGGUCUGUACAUGGCUAAAGAAAGGGGAGCAAAAAUAGCAAGGGAAGUAUUGUUCUGAUACCCAAAAAUAGAGCCACUAUAAGCUACAUGUACAUGUAGCUGUGGUCAGUGCUGUGCUCGUGCUUGAAGCAGUGUUAUAUGUAUGUUUCAUGUCAGCCAUGUUUAUAGUUUGCCUAAUAAAAAGGCAACAUUGUAUGCCUAUAAACUCACCUUGCAGACAUGCAAUAAACAGUGCUUAAACUGGAAGGUAAAAAAAAAAAAAGACAAAAAAAAAGAAGAUGCAAUGUGUAUGUAUCAUAAAUAAUGUUGUUAUUGUUGAGUUA